UUCAUUUUCAUAUAACACAAUUAGCAAUCUCAAACACUACAACCCACUUUUUGUCCUUCCAAUCUUUGUUUUUUCAACUCAUAAUUAGAAUGGCUGGUGAAUUGGUUCUCUUGGAGUUCUGGCCCAGCCCUUUUGCACAGAGGGUGAAAAUUGCCUUGGCUGAGAAAGGCAUAGGCUAUGAGUGCAAAGAAGAGAACUUGAUGAACAAGAGUCCUCUGCUUCUCAAGAUGAACCCUGUUAAUAAGCAAAUCCCUGUUUUGAUCCAUAACGGGAAACCGAUAUGCGAGUCCCUCAUCAUUGUUCAAUACAUUGAUGAGGUCUGGAAGGAUCACUCUCCAUUGUUGCCGUGUGAUCCUUACAAGCGCGCCCAAGCAAGGUUCUGGGCUGACUACGUUGACAAAAAGAUAUUUAGCAAUGGAAGGAGUUUAGUUUUCAGCAAAGGUGAAACCCAAGAAGCAGCUAAAAAGGAGCUGAUAGAGUGCUUCAAAGUGUUGGAAGCAGAGCUUGGAGAGAAGACUUAUUUUGGGGGAGAGACCUUUGGUUUUGUGGACCUCGCACUUGUACCCUUUUACUGUUGGUUUAACCUCUACGAGAGUUGUGGCAACUUUAGCUUCGACCAAGAGUGCCCUAAAAUAGUGGCAUGGGGUAAGAAGUGCUUGGAGAAGGAGAGUGUGUCCAAGGUUCUUCCAGACCAGCACAAGGUCACUGACUUCUUCACGGCGAUGGCUAAGAAGUUUAGUGCUCAGUAAAAUUGCAGAAGAGAACCUCUCCAUAUUUAUAAAGCAUAAUAAGAAAUAGAUAUGGUUAACUACUAUUUGGAAUUCUCUCUCUCCCCUAAUCUUUUUCGCCUUUUUUUUUUUUUUUUUUUUCUGUCGUUUUAAGUUUUGGUUUUUGUACUUUUUUAUGUGUUAUGAGGUGUUCUCUUUUUGUUUGGUUUACAAUAAAGAAAAUAUUACCUCCGGUCUUAAAUUAAA